UUUUGCAUUGCCUUUCAUUUGAAGGAAAUAGCUUAGAAUCUCUUGAAUGCAUAGCUAAAUCAGAAUGGGUAAGACUGUUGUGAACCUCCAUCUUUUUGUAGCUGCAUUCAUUUGGGCUUCUUUACCACUAUCAUAUUCAAAAUUUACUAGAGAUUUUGCAUUGAAAUUCCUUGAAAAUGCAAGGGAAGAAAAUCUGAAAGCAUUAUCAGUCAAAGAAAUGACAGUAAAUUAUAGAAGAUGCAAUGCAUAUGAUCAUAUCUAUGUUGAUCAGUCUGGAUCUGGGAAUUACACAACAGUACAGGAGGCAAUAGAUUCAGUGCCAAAUGAUAAUAUGCAGAGGACUAUCAUACAUAUUAAGUCAGGAACAUAUCUAGAAAAAGUAUUUAUUGGAAGAAGGAAAAGCAAGGUGAGCUUACAUGGAGAUGGUGCAAACAGUACACAUAUAGGAUGGAAUGACACAGCUGGAAGUGCAGGAAAUAGUACUAGCCAUAGUGCAUCGGUUAGUAUUGAAGCCCCAGAUUUCAUUGCCAAAGAUAUCAGCUUUCAUAACUUUGCUGAUCCAGCUCCAAGGAGCAUAGGAGGGCAAGCAGUAGCAGUUAGAGUAUCAGGGGACAGAGCUGCAUUUUACACAUGUGCCUUUUAUGGCAGGCAAGAUACUCUCCUUGAUCAAUAUGGCCGCCACUUCUUCCAUAACUGUUUCAUACAAGGAACUGCAGACUUCAUUUUUGGACUUGCUCAAUCUCUUUAUCAGGGAUGCGAGAUCCAUUCCAUUGCAGAUAAGAGUAGAGGGCAAGUAACAGGGUAUAUUACAGCACAUAGUCGUAGAUCUGCAGAUGAGAGAACAGGGUUUUCUUUUGUGAAGUGUUCAAUAACUGGCACAGGGCGUGUGCAUUUAGGCCGAGCUUGGGGCACAUAUGCCCGUGUUGUAUUUAGCUACACAGAUAUGGAAGACAUCAUUUCUCCACAAGGAUGGUCAGACUGGGGGAACACUACAAUAGACCAAUUUGCAUACUUCGGCGAAUACAAAUGCAUAGGACCAGGGGCCAAUAGCUCUAGGAGAGUAGGUUGGUCUCAUCAACUCAAUGAUGAUGAGGUUGCCAUGUUCCUCACCACCUCCUUCAUAGAUGGCAACCAGUGGUUGGAUUUACAACAAUGUAACGAAGAUGAUUAGCUAUUGUGAGAGUUAUAGAUUCAAGCAGUUAUUAGAGAGGAAGUUCUCUCUAAGAUAUCAUUGUUAUUGGAUUUUGUUUCUAGAUUCAAGCAGUUAUUAGAGAGGAAGCUCUCUAUGAGAUGUUAUUGUUAUUAGAUUUUGUUUCUUGAUGUUUCUUGUUGUUCUUGAUAAUAUUUGGUUGAAAGAUUGUUAUUUUUGUUUCA